AUGGUUAUUAAUUACGAUUUUAAUAAUAUUGCUAAAUUAUUAAUGGUAAGAAGUCAUACAGAACUGCUCGAUCUAUUCCUAGAAGCUGUGCACAUGUCGACCAAUCAUAUUGAUCCCGAUGUGCAGAUUGGAAUGGGUGUGCUGUUCAAUUUGACUGGUGAAUAUAAGAAGGCAGUUGAUUGCUUUAAAACGGCUCUGCAAGUUGCUCCUGAGGACUCCAUGCUGUGGAACAAAUUAGGAGCCACACUCGCCAAUGGCCAGAUGAGCGAGCAAGCUAUAACAGCGUAUCACCAGGCCCUCAAUCUUCGGCCCGGUUACGUCAGGACCAGAUUCAAUCUCGGAGUCGCAUGCGUCAAUUUAGGGGCGUAUAGGGAGGCCGUUGAACAUUUCCUUUCUGCUCUAACGUUGAAAGACCAAACAAAAGGACCCAAGACAGCUUCAAACGGCAACAUCAUCUGGUCCAGUUUAAGGAUGGCAUUGUCCUUGUUGGGCAGCACAGAUUUGUUGGAUUCAUGUGAUAAGCAUGAUUUGCAGUUUCUCAACGCACACUUCAAAUUGAAUUAG